UGCGGUACGUACAAUACGGAGCCCUCCAACAGGAACCACGRAAGCUGCUGGCAAUCUCGAAAUUGGCACGAUGCUCCAUGUUUCUCUCGCGAUCGUGCCGUACUCGUACUUAACUUACCGAAAACACCUCCCGGAAACGACCACUCCAUCAUCCGCUGCCAGCGCUGUGCAAUACCUCCAUGUCGUCUCUUCAGAAAGCAGUGGCCGAAAUCAAUAGCACCGGCAACGCGAAAUCCGGAACCGCGACGUCGUUCGAAGUGGGCGGAGCCGGACCAGGAUCCGCCGGUGCCUACAAGCGUUCCGAAAACCUCGGGGCUGCUGCUUCCUAUACGGUUGGCGAGACGGGGGAAGCGCCGAAAAGUACCCGCAGGUACAGCGGCAACAAAAAUGCUGCUUCGUAUACCGUUGGUGAAACCGGGGGAGCCAAAGGAAGCAGCAAUGCCAAGAGCAACAAGGUCGUAAAGGUCACGAAACAUUUCACAAUCAUUUCUGAUCGCGACUACGAAGAGGAGAAAAAGAAUUCUAGUUCUGCAAUGGAUCUCGACUACCACGACGUCCAAACCAGCAUGGACGUAGACGACAAAACCGGCAAACGAGCGCCGGCAAUGCGUCGUUCUUCGUCGAAAACGCAGACUUUUUGUCACAUCGGAGGGACGGAAGAACAACAAACCAACAACGUGCACACCAUUGGUGUUGCAAGCAACGAUUCCGCCGAGGACGAGCGGCAGAUCGAGCAGAUGGAGGGAGUCAUCGAUCAGGGCACAAAGAUGCCGCUAGUGGUCCUGGACGGAGCCAACGUGGCCUACGCCUACGCGAAAGUCAUGGCGGAACUGAACGGUGGUCCUUCCCUCAACGCUCCGUCUUCCCAACUCAAACCCGAUGUUCGGGGCAUCCAGAUCGCGACCGACUUUUUCCUGGACGCCGGCCUCAGGGCGCUUGUUGUCUUGCCUCAGUAUUGGUUCGGUGGAAAGAGAAGCACGACGAACGCAAUCACGGUGACGUCGCAGUUGGAAAUCCUGAGUGACCUGAAAGUCAAGGGRCUGGUCGCGGUCUCCCCACCGACCGACGACGACGACGCGUACGCCCUCACUAUCUCGCGGCGGGARGAGAGCCGGUCCCUGAAGCCACCCCGGAAYGGAGAAGGACCGGGAUUCGUUUUGUCGAACGAUUUGUUUCGAGACGCGCAAGACAGAGAACCCCCCAGCGGGACGCUGAAAGAGUGGCUCACAACGGGUCGCAACGAGAAGGUCGGACCGGGAAGAAUCUCGUACACCUUUGGCGACAUGGGUAGCAUGAACGAUCGCGGGGAACGCAUCCUCGACUUUGUGCCCAAUCCCAGGCAUCCUCUGGUUGUUUGGAUGGAAAACAAAGGCACGAGCAUUGACUGCACCUACUGUUCGUAGUUGAGAGAAAGGGAUCGAUUCGUAGCCGUGUGUGUUUGAUGGUGCGUCAGUGUCCGAGGAUGCCUGGUCUUUCSUUGGAGUUCGAAUAACAAAGCGGUGUCUGCCUACCUAGCAGCCUGUGUUUUAUUGGAUCGAACACAGAGUUGCGGAAAUCAUAUCAGACCACUCGCUUGGGUGAUUCGGAUGUUGCAUGAUUUCGCCUAAAAUGCCUAUAAAAUUACUUUAUACUG